AGGCAGCCCCUGGACAGAAGGAGUGCGAUGGUGCGAUCCGUUGCAUUGAAUCGCUUCGACCGCUGCUCGAGUCGGCUCAGGAGUCGCUCACCGAUCAGGGUUACUUCGAGUGCCUGGAGACGGUGAUGGAGAAAUCACGUACGCUGGGCGAUGGUAUGACCGGAAUAGCGAACAAUGCGAAGAACUCGAAGCAUGUCGAGUUUGGCCAUUCGGUCAUCUCGGUGUCGGAGUCGAUUCGUGGAUUGAUUGAGUCUGCUGCUCAAGCCGCCUACUUGGUCGGUGUUUCCAAUCCAACCAGUGUCGGUGGUCGCCCGGGAAUCGUUGAUCAAUCGCAGUAUGCUAGGGCAUCGCAAGCGAUUCGUCAGAGUUGUGACGUACUGCGCUCACCGUCUUCAUCCCAGCAGGAGGUACUAGCGGCCGCUACGAUCAUCGCGAAACAUACGUCAUCCUUGUGCAAUGCAUGCCGUAGCGCUAGCUCCACCACCACGAACCCCGUGGCGAAGCGUCACUUUGUGCAGGCCGCGAAGGAGGUCGCCAACUCAACCGCCUCACUGGUGCGUGAAAUCAAAGCACUCGACAAGGACUACAGUGCUGCAUCGCGGCAACGAUGUGCCGAAGCCACGGAACCAUUGCUGGAAGCCGUUUCAUCGCUCUGUCAGUUCGCCUGCUCGCCGGAGUUUAUCUCUAUUCCGGCACGCAUCUCAACGGAGGGUAGAAAAGCCCAGGAACCGAUUCUAUCCGCCGGUGGUGGCAUCCUGGAUGGUGCAGUAGAGAUGGUCCGUACGGCGAAGGUACUCGCACUGACACCGACCGAUCCACCGGUCUGGCAACAGCUGGCCAUCCACAGUCGCAACGUUUCGGAGAGCAUUAAACGGCUUGCUUCCAGCAUUCGCGAAAAGGCUCCCGGACAGAUGCAGUGUGAUCAAGUGCUAGAAGUACUGAAGGAUUGUUCACGUGAGCUGAAUGCCGCAUCGUUGGCCGUCGGUGUUGAUGGAUUGCCACAGCGCAAGGAUAACAAUCUGCAGGGAUUCACCAACCAAUCGCUGAACGCGGCCUCUGAAUUGAUCGAUCGUCUCGAGCCGGUUAAAUCGUCGGCGAAGAAGAAUGCCGAAAGCUUGGGUCACGCCGUUAACCAGAUCGCCAAGCACAUCGUACCGCUAACGGGUGGUGUGAUCGGUGCUUGCUCACAGCUCGUCCAUUCCGGCCAGCAGACGGUACUGAUCAACCAGGUUAAAUCGGUCGUCGAGUGCUGCUCGCAGCUCGUCCAGACGGCCAAGAAUGCCGGUGGCAAUCCGCGGGCGGCCCAACUGCAUCCGGAGCUGGAUGAAGCGGUCGAGGCGACGCGUGAAGCAAUCCAGGAGCUGAACGCUACCGUCGAGCGCCUGUCGACGGAGAAUGGUGUCGUGACGGGACUGAUGGAACAGGUUUCCCGCUCGAUGUCACGCAUCUCCGACAAACGCCAGUCGUUCCUGGGUGCUUCUCUGAACGACACGUACGUCGACUAUCAGACGCGCAUGGUACAGAGUGCCAAGGAGAUUGCUCGCUACGCGAACGAAAUCAACGCCAAGGCAGCAAUCGAUCCAUCAAAGUUGGCGCAACUAUGCGUGGAGAUGACACACCACUACACGCAACUGGCGCAGGAUGCAAUCGGUGCGUCAGCCCUAACCACAUCGCCCGAUGUAGCAAUUCGUAUCCGUAACACGGUACAGGAUCUGGGACGCUCCGUGAACACACUUAUCCAGUCUACUACCGGCAUCCGGAAGGACGAUAGCAGCGGAUUGGUGGAGAUUUCGCGUGGUGCGCGCGACGUUUCCGAGAAGGUAGCACAGGUGCUGGCCGCUUUGCAGGCCGGUUCCCGUGGUACGCAAGCGUGCAUCAACGCGUCGAGCACGGUGUCGGCGAUCAUCAGCGAUCUCGAUACGACGAUCAUGUUUGCCACGGCUGGAACACUGCAUGCGGCCAACGACGAGGAAGGCCGAUUCUCCGAUCAUCGUGAGCACAUCUUGAAGACCGCAAAGGCGCUGGUGGAAGACACGAAAAUACUGGUGGCUGGAGCCGCCGGAACACAGGAUCAGCUAGCGGCAGCUGCACAGAACGCUGUAACUACAAUCUUGCAACUGGCCGAUGCGGUUAAGCAUGGUGCGGCAUCGCUCGGUUCCGGGCAGCCCGACUCGCAGGUGAUGGUGAUGAACGCGGUCAAAGAUGUCGCGGCAGCACUCGGUGAGCUCAUAAACGCUACUAAACUCGCCUCCGGCAAGCCCAUUAACGAUCCAGCUAUGAAUGACUUGAAAGAUAGCGCUAAGGUUAUGGUGAUGAACGUCACCUCGUUGCUUAAGACGGUGAAGGCGGUCGAAGAUGAACACACACGUGGUACGCGCGCCAUGGAAGCGACAGUCGAUGCCAUCUCGCAGGAGCUCCGUUCAAUGCAGUACGCCCCAGAGAUGAUGCGAUCGAGUAUGCAGCAGCUAUCGAAACCGGAAGAUUUGAUCACCGUCACCAAGCACGUGACGGCAGCGACGGCAAAGGCGGUGGCAGCCGGUACCUCGAAUCUGCAGGCGGACAUUGCGGCAGCCGCCAACCUGGGACGCAAAACCAUCUCCGAUAUGUUGAUCGUGUGCAAAUCCGUUGCCUGGUCGUGCGCCGAAACGCCAGAACUGCGCCAACGUACGCUCGAUGCGGGUUCGGCGGUGGCGAUCGCAUACCGCGAUCUGCUCGAGGGUAUCCUCCAUCACUGUACGGCCGACGAACGGAUGCAGCUGUCACGCCGCGUCGCCAUGUGCGUGACCGAUCUGGUCGGUAUGGCACAACUGCUGAAGGGCUCGGAAUGGGUCGAUCCCGAGGAUCCGACCGUGAUCGCCGAGAACGAGCUGCUCGGUGCGGCCGCCUCGAUCGAAGCGGCUGCGAAAAAGCUGGCCAACCUGCGACCCCGACGACAGGAAGUGAAGGAAACGGACGAAAACAUGAACUUCGACGAGAUGAUCCUGGAAGCGGCCCAGAGCAUAAUGGCGGCCUCGUCAUCGUUGGUGCGUGCCGCAAACGCGGCCCAGCGUGAGCUUAUCGAUCAGGGUAAGGUGGCGAAGCGACCACUCACCUCAUCGGACGAUGGUCAGUGGUCGGAGGGAUUGAUAUCGGCUGCCCGAUUGGUUGCCGCGGCCGCCCACAGUCUGGUCGAAGCGGCCCAGAAUCUGGUGCAGGGCGUGGGCACGGAAGAGAUGCUGAUUUCGUCAGCGAAGCAGGUCGCCAGCUCAACCGCUCAGCUGCUGAUCGCUUGUAAGGUGAAAUCGGAUCCCAACUCGGAGACGGGCCGUCGAUUGCAGGCGGCCGGUAACGCCGUCAUCAAGUCCACGGACAAGCUGGUACAGGCCGCCCAGCAGGCAAUCGAGGGUGAGGAGGAGCAUACGCUACGCCUGAAUCGCAACAUGGUGGACGGAAUGGCGCAGGAGAUCAACGCUCGGUCGGAGAUUCUGAUGCGCGAGCGACAGCUGGAGGAAGCCAAGAACAAGCUGAUCGCGAUCCGGCAUCUGAAGUACCGGCAGAAGCUGGCCGGCGGCUUCACGACGGACGAGAGUGACGAAGGUGGCGUUGCACCGCCACCGUUCACCGGGUACAGUACUACCGUAUCGUCCACCUCACCGAAGCCACCGCACACACUGCCCAAACCGGCCCCGGGAAGUUAUUCCCCUGCCGGUCAGGCCGGUGCCUCGACGCUGCCACGCCUUCAGCAAUCCUCACCGGUAAUGGGUACCGGUUCGCCGACCUUCCAGCGACCCGGAUCCGGCAAUCAGCUGCUCACGGCCAAUGCCGUCCCGAAGCCCUAUCAAUCGGACACGAUCAAAUCACCGUCGGCGCUGGUUUCGCCCUCGAUGCUGAACCGCACCUACGAUACAACGCGCGUCGAGAAUACGAACCUGAGUGCGUCCAAGUUCAACCGCACCCAGUUCGAUGCUGCCGUCCAGGAUCUGCAAAACAAGGUGCAACCGUUGUCCACCUUCCGGGGAUCACCAACGCAGCAUACCAAUGGUGGUGGUGGCACGCUCUUGCCUCAAACGUACGAAGGAUUUACAACCAGAUACGAAACCCGUGUCUUCCAGAAUGCCAAUAACACUAAUCCAAGUAGCCCAAACCCGCUAACUACUGUGGAGCAGAAAUUUGCCAAGCUUAACCUAGAAAACCAUGACAACCUGCAAGAGCAGCAACGAUACCAGCAACAUCAGCAGCAGCAGCAACAGCAGACAAAACCUAAAACGCCUCCUCGCACCUUUGGUACGCCACAGCGUAACACGCCACCUGCUAGCUAUCCGAUUAACAGUAAUGCUGCUGCUGCUGCCGCGGCCGGCGCUACUACACCACCGCACCAACAUCAAGCGUCACCACAGCCACACUUCCUGCGCAACGCAACGAGCUCAUCCAGUGCAGCUCAGCCUGCUUCGCCCGUACAGAUUAAAAACGGUACCGUUAGUCUCUUUGACAGUGGGGCUACCGAUGCGAUGAACAAUAGCAGUAGCACCACCACCACCACCACCUCCUCCACGAUGGCUUCGAGCAGGGACGCAGUGCAGCAGCAGCUACAGCAACAGCAGAUCAUCCAGACCAAAAAGAUCCAGAUGAUGAGCACCACCUCCAGCAGCAGCUCGUCGACCGUCAUGAAGAGUCAUACCACCGGUGGUGGUCCGCCACCGGAAUGGAAGUAGAGCACGCGAACGAUGGUCACCGUACAAGCCACCAUGCCAUGCGUACCACCACCUGUCCUAUGUGUGUGUUAAUCUUCGAUACGAAAGUUUUUUUUUUUUAUAAGCAACUAACCAUAAUGCGUCCUUUCGAAAGCAAACGCAACGAAGAAAGGAUGGGAAGGAAGGAAAGCGAAAACCGAAAAUCGAUUCCUGUUAAAUUGUUUUGUUGCUAGUUUUAGAGAUAUUUAAAGGUAAAUGGCGCACAGCACAACCAUUAACCGAAGCGAACAAAAAUUGCAAGUGCCUAAAAAGUGCAGAAUUAAGAUUUAAGAAAAUUCUAAAACGAAACGGAGAUUCCUUCCGAAUCUAGCAGGCAGAGAGAGAUGCACGCGCGCGCUAGUAGCACGCUUCGAACGGCCGCCCUGCCAUUUAUAUAACCGCCCAUCAAGUGCCACACUACGAAAAUUCGCGUGAUUCGUUCUUACCUUCCGUUUAAUGGACAUGCCCAAGCCCUCGCUCCCUGUCUUUCCCUGUGCGCAGGGAUCGCUCAAAGUGCAAUUAUGUAAGAAAAGUGGCCCAAGUGGCCAAAUCGGGCGCCGUACGUCGCGAAACAGGACGAGAGGGAGUGACAGCGUGGGGGUUUUAUGUAAAAAUUUUAUAACGCUGCUUUAGGAGUGUGUUUUUAAUGUGUGUGCGUUUUGUAAAAUAGCUAUUAUGGCGGAUGGUACGAAACUAGGCGUUAAGAACGAAACUACAAGCACACGGUGCCUAUCCUCACGUCAAGGAAUGCCUUUUUUGUGACUCGGAGUGUCAGGAUAAACCAGGGAACGUCCCUUGACGGUACAGAAACACACCCUAGCCAAGCCACGAAGGUCCCUAAAUGCUACGUUUGAUAGUGCAACAAAACAUGCCUUUUCCAGAACCCUUAACCACUGCAGUUGUGGCAACGAAAAGGCGCACAAUUACAAACAUGUUCAUAUGCCACAUGAAGUUUUGCCAAAAGAAUUCUUCCAAAUCGAACGUGGGGAAGCAGCGACAGAUAGACGCGAUCAGCAGACGUAAAGUGCCAUUAGUCUCUUUCUGUCCAUCACCGUGCGUGCGGCCCACGUGCUAGUUAGUGAGUGAGUGAGUGUGGGCGAGGAAAGUAGAAACAAAUCGUAACAGGACACAUGGUUAUACUAAACUAACUAAUUGCUUACGAAACCACCUGACGUACGGGGAAGAUGGUUUCUUAUGGCGUUUUUAAGCAAAGCUACCUUUUAGUCAUUUUAGUCGACGUCGACGCCGUCGUGCGCGGCGGUCUAUUGUUCUAUUUUAUUUUACUUUUUUACUACUGUUUUUUUUUUUAAUGGUAACACACAGAGUUUAGAGUUUUCGCUUUUAUAAACCGUCUUCUUUCACUAGUAGUAUUGCCAUCUAAACAAAAGAAACAUAAAACAAACACAAAACAAACUCCGCGUUGCCUAACGAAGCAAAGUAAUAGUAGUAGUAGUAGUAGCCAGUAAAAGUAGUAAAAGGGUAGGUAGGUAAGUAGGUCGACGUGAUAGAGGGAUACUUACUUAUCGUGCGGCGGCACACAGGAGCUGCUUUGCUCGCCUCCUUUGCUUCACCACUCACUCGAGUCUCUUCGGUGUUUUUCGCAGUCGGCGGUUGCUGCGAGGCACUACCGCUGCCUGUGUAUCUGUGUGUGUUUGUGUGUGUGAGUGAAGGUAUUUGAGGAUUCCGAAAUAAACGAAAAACUUAAUUUAACACCAA